AUAAUCUGGUCUCUUGCCAAAGACACAUGGCCAGAGAAAUUUGGAGCUUGGCCUAGAAUAAGUAUAGGCACAAUCCUGGGCUGUGGGAGUGUAAAUAUAAACCCACACAGGCAAAACAAUGAACCUGAAAACCACAGAAACCAAAAACCACACAAAGGUGCCUCCAGACUCUUAAAAAUCUUAAUAGCAGAAUCAGCAUAUCUCAUCUGGACCACAAGAUGUGACAGAACAAUAAAUGGCACAACACUUACCAAACAAAUAAUCAAAAAGAGAUGGUCAUCAAUAAUAAAUAAACAUUUGCAACUAGACAAACUUACAGCGAGGAAAAUAAAUUGCACACUAGUGUUGCUGCAAAGCGAACUGAAGUGA